GGAGGCGCUAAGCGUCACCGUAAAGUGCUCCGUGAUAACAUCCAGGGAAUCACCAAACCCGCCAUCCGCCGUCUGGCUCGCCGCGGCGGAGUGAAGCGGAUCUCCGGUCUGAUCUACGAGGAGACCCGCGGGGUGCUCAAGGUCUUCCUGGAGAACGUGAUCCGCGACGCCGUCACCUACACCGAGCACGCCAAGAGGAAGACCGUCACCGCCAUGGACGUGGUGUACGCUCUGAAGAGGCAGGGCCGCACCCUGUACGGCUUCGGAGGCUAGACCCGGUCCAGACCCGCUGAAACACAAAGGCCCUUUUAAGGGCCACACAUCUCAUCUAAAGUCUGUCCUGGUGUGAGCUGUUAAACUGAAACAUGUUACUGCAGGUUAAAUCUGGCUUCUCAAGAUGUUCCACAAAGUGGGGAUGAAAAUACCAAAGUCUUAAAUGGAAAGAAGAAACAAAAAGCUAAAUGAGUUCAACUCUUUAUGGAAACACUGGGUGAACACUGCAGACCUCCCACCAUCAACACUGCAGACCUCCCACCAUCAUCACUGCAGACCUCCCACCAUCAUCACCGCAGACCUCCCACCACCAUCACUGCAGACCUCCCACCACCAUCACUGCAGACCUCCCACCAUCAACACUGCAGACCUCCCACCAUCAACACUGCAGACCUCCCACCACCAUCAACACUGCAGACCUCCCACCACCAUCACCGCAGACCUCCCACCACCAUCACCGCAGACCUCCCACCACCAUCACUGCAGACCUCCCACCAUCAUCACUGCAGACCUCCCACCACCAUCACUGCAGACCUCCCACCAUCAACACUGCAGACCUCCCACCAUCAUCACUGCAGACCUCCCACCAUCAUCACUGCAGACCUCCCACCAUCAUCACUGCAGACCUCCCACCAUCAUCACUGCAGACCUCCCACCAUCAUCACUGCAGACCUCCCACCAUCAUCACUGCAGCAGCGACGUGUUUAAUAUUGACUCAGCGAGCUGUUCUUGGACACUGUUUUAAAUUACAUCAGUUUACAACCACUUUAUUUAAUUAUAGUACAGUUACACCUCUUACUGUUAAUGACACGCAUCUACACACAAAGCAAUUCAAUGGUAAAUUAAAAUGUUUAUUUUUGA